AUGCAGUAUUCUGUUUUUAUUGCUACCUAUUUGGGCAAGAUGUUGAAAGAUAAGUUAAAUUCCCAUGUUGGAGGAGUUAAUAGUGCUCAUUACCAAGCUGUCCAGAAGAGUAAUGAUUUGUUGAAGGAAAAGCAACACAUUCAAAGUGUUUUUGUUAAGCAAUCAAAUCAAGAUAAAAUUGACUAUCGGAUUCAAUUAAAUGCAAUAGUUGAUUGCAUAAGAUUCCUUUUAUGCCGGGGAUUAGCUUUUCAUGGUCACGAUGAAUCUCAAGGUUCAAGUGAUAAAGGAAAUUUCCUUGAGCUUGUACAAUUUUUGGGGGAUCACAAUGAAUCUAUCAAUGAAGUGUUGCAAAAAGUUCCGAAAAAUUGCAAGCUUACCCACCCUAACAUUCAAAAAGAUAUUGUGAAUGCAAUUGCACGUGAAACAUCUAAAGCCAUCAUCAAGGAUCUUGACAAUGGGUUCUUUUCAAUAUUAGUUGAUGAGUCACGUGAUAUCUCAGUGAAAGAACAAAUGGCCCUUGUUCUUCGUUAUGUGAACAAAAAAGGAAUUAUUAUAGAGCGAUUCCUUGGUAUUGUACAUGUAGCAAGUACUACCGCUUUGUCACUCAAGCAUGCUAUUGAAUGUUUACUUUGUGAACAUAAUUUGAGUUUAUCGAACCUACGUGGGCAAGGUUAUGACGGGACUAGUAAUAUGCAAGGUGAUAUCAAUGGUCUCAAAACUUUAAUUUUGAAACAGAACAAUAAUUUAGUAACUAUUGUUGGAGGCUCUUGUAAGAGACGAGAUGCUCUUCGAGAUACACAAUUUGCCAAAAUUAAAGAAGAUUUAGAGAAUGGUAGAUUAUUGAAGAAGAUGGCCUCUCCGACCAAAAAGUUGAAGCUCGAUCUAUUAUGA